ACUGUUACAUUAUAACCCUACAUGUACAUACACACAAAAAAUACCUCUUCUAGAUCCAACCUCUAGAUAUACACCAUAUACACCAUACACACCAUCAUCAUCAACCUCAUCAACGAUCAACGAAGAGAGUUAGAGAGUAGUAUUGAGUAGUUUACCAACGCGACAGCUUUUUAACAACGUCAGAAAACAUCAGCCGGUCAGCUUAAAGCAGCUUAGAGCUCAAAGUCAGAGUAUGUAUUAAGAGGAUUGAAAGUUAUGGAGGCACAAGAACUAAAUAAUAACCAAUAUCACUGCAUUUAUGCCAUACUAUCAUGUCUAUUGCUAUCAAUUACGUAUGUCGCAAGUCUAUAUGUAUGGAGUUCACCACACACCAGGGAGCACUCGAGCACUAUAAAAAAAAGAUUCUUCAGUGUGUUCAUUAUGGCUCUGAUAUCUCCAGUAUUUUUAUACUUUGGAAUGAGUAAUAAAGUACUUGAAAAGGUAACAAUUUGGGAACUACUUGGCCUCAGAUGGUCAGGAUUAUUUCAGGCAAUUUUUAUUCCUCUGCUCUUGACAAUGAUCUUAUUCUUAGGACCACUUUGUUUACAAGGGCUCAAUGGUCAAUGGAAAUUGUACGUGGAGCCAAUGUACUGGCUAGGAAAUGCUAGAACGUUGAUUUGGUGGAGAAAUCUAGUGGUUGCUCCAUUGAGCGAAGAAUGGACCUUCAGGGCAUGUAUGUUACCAUUGUUAUUACAAUGCUUUAGUCCAACUACUGCCAUUUUUAUAUGUCCGUUAUUCUUUGGAGUUGCUCACUUUCAUCACGUCGUUGAAAGAACAAAAGUCGGGAUGGAGUUUAAACAUGCUGUCAUUCUAUCCACUUUUCAAUUUAUAUACACAACGAUAUUUGGAGCAUACGCAGCUUUUCUAUUUGCUAAAACAGGUCAUUUUGUCGCACCUUUUGCUGCUCAUUCAUUCUGCAAUCAUAUGGGAUUUCCAGAUCUCACAGAAGUAAUGGCCUACGAUAAUUUUUUUAAAAGAGCUGGAUUUUUUAGUCUCUUUGUAAUAGGUCUUGUUGCUUGGUGUUAUUUACUGAUACCUCUUACCAAUCCAUCGUGGUUCAAUAAUAAUAUUUUUUUCGAUAAAAAUUUUAUAGAAUUUAAAACUUGACGAAUUAUAAAAUUUAAAUUGCAAUAAGUUAUCUUGGCAAUGGACAGUAAUUACUUGAAUUAAUUCUCACAAAUCAAGAUGCUUAUCAAAACGUUGAAUUCUUAUUGGAUUUUAGGAUAAAAUUCACCAUAGUGCCUCAUGUUUGUUUUACCAUUUGUAUAGUAUAAUAAUAAUUGUAAUUUUUUUGUUUUAAUACUUUUAUAUGACGAAAAAAUUGAUAGCCAUGUCCAAUUAUUUUAAAUCAUGACACAUCAGUUUUUGAAAUUUUUUAAUAAAUAUAAACUUACAUUAAGUUUUAUUUACAUACAUACGCACGUGUUACUUAUAUUGGGCAUUCAUUUCAUAUAAAUCUUGUUAAUUAUAAUUACUUAAUAUAUAUUUAUAAUAACUUGUGAAAAUUUUACACAAUA